UCUGCCAACUAUCAGCACUCCCUGUCUGAAGGCAGAGUGGACCAAGGCCCAAAAACUGGAGGUGAUAAAGAGAAGGAGCCAAAACCACAGCCAAGAAACACACAUGCUCUGAAAAGGCAGACCCAAGGAGGGGCCAGGUAGAACAGUUCCUGGAAAAUGUAAACAAGUUUAUGGAUAUGCAUGAGGGUCUAUGAAUAUGCAACAGGCUGGUGUAAGGGAAAAGGUAUUUCAGGGGGAUCCCCAAAGGUAACAGGGUGCUCCUGGCUGAGUGCCAAGAUGCACCUGGCCAUAAUAACCUUUGCUCCAUGGUCCUGGUGUCCCAUUGUCCUUUAUUAAACUUUUUACAUUUUCACAGGAGGGUGAACGUGUUUCUCUGCACUGAGAACGUCCUCGUCGACCUGGCCAUGGGCGAGGCAAAGCUCAUCGACUUCAGGUGCAGCACGAUCCUGCAGGACACGUUCUACACCCAGAUGUCAGGAACGCCGGAGUACAGCCCACCGGAAUGUAUCCUCUUUGGCUGCUACCAUGGCCAGCCAGCCACCAUCUGGUCUCUGGGCAUCCUGCUCUAUGAGCUGGUCUGUGGGCACCUUCCUUUCCACACCAAGGAGGACAUUGUCCGGGGCCAGCUCUGCUUCCCCGCCUGGGUGUCUCAAGAGUGCCAGCAACUCAUCAGGUGGUGUUUAUGCAUGGACCCCACAGACAGGCCAUCCCUGUAGGAUCUUUUUGAACAUUCUUGGCUGCAGGAGCCCUGCCUGACCCAGGAGACAGCAGAGAUGCAUCCCUGUGCACAGACGGAUCCAGGAGCCCAGCAAGCACCAGCAGCACGUGUCCCGUGGCACUGGAAGAAAAGCCUGGAGUGUUUCCCUGUGUCCGUGGCACAGAGGAGAGAGCACAUCCGAGGAGAUGCUUCCGCUGGUCACCGGCAAGCUGUGGAGGGAGCAGCUCCGAGCUCCCCAUCCUAUUGGAGAAGUGGCGGCAGUGCAGUGAAGGUGCCACGGACUGGGACAGGGGAAACAUCCGCCUGCAGCUCAGUGGCAUCGUGAUGUCGCUGCAAGCUGAAGCACAGCUGGCGUGUUCUUCUGGAGCACGACGUGGAGCUGGGAACACCAUCCUGGAGCUGGCCGCUGGCGGGGCAGAGCCGAUGGGCUUUGGCUGCGGCCCCUGCCUGGAGGACACGCUCUGUGCCCCGAUGAAAUCAAGAUGAGUCCCCAGCCAGCGCAGGGGUGGGGGGAUGCUGGUGCUUCCAGGCAGGGCAGGGCUCGGUCUGGCCCCGUGCUGGAGGUUCCCCGCUUGGUGGCACUGGAGAAUAUUAAUUUUUCUGCCGGCCCCCGAGCUGCUUUUUGGCAGGACAGGGGACGGAUGUUGUGGAAGGGGAGCCGGCUGCUGGCCUUGCUGACAGCUUCUGCCAGCCAGCCUGGCACAGGCUGAGACAGGGGCAGCCAGCCUGACAAAAGCAUCCAUCCAUGUGGAUGGGGCACAUGUUCCGGAGCUGUGCCCCAGCUGGUCUGCUCUGCAGGCCCUUGAGGAAGGGGCGCAUUUACAGGUGGGAAAGGUGGGGAUUUUCCCCACCUGUGGGAAGGUUUAAUUCUGCCAUGGAAGAACGGGAGAAUUAAACCUUGAACCAUGGAACCUAAUCUCCUCAGGCCUGUGAAACAGUGACGGGCUUUGUGCUUUUUCUUGUUUCCAGGUCUUGUUUUGAAUUGACUUUCACGCAAUUGUUCUCUGCUUUUCUCAGGAGGAUUUCACCUGGUGCCCGGACAGGACAGGGAGGCGCCUGCAGCGUCUGUGGAGUGCAUCCAGUGCCAGCACCCCAGGGGCCACGGUCUGCGGGGACAGCCCCUUCCAGAAGGACGAGGACAUGGUGCAGGAUCGGCUCCUCUCCUGGCAGCAGCUCUCCAGAGGUGGGCACCUGGUUCCACAGCUCGGCUGGCAGAAGGGCUCCGGGCAGGCGGCAGCGGGCACACGGGCAUCCCGCUCUUGCAGCUGCUGAGGAGUUGCUGUGCCGUGAUUAAGCAGAGGAGGUGGAACGUGGCCUGCCAUGCUGCCCUUCUCUAAAAACAGAGAAUGGCUUGGGAGGUUUGGGCUCUGAGCUCAGCCAGCAGCCUGGCCCGGGCACAGGCCAUGGUGAGACAGGGGGACAGGAGCCUGCUGCCACUGACCGUGGCUCUCUGGUUUCUCUCCGCCGGCUGCCAGCGCCUCAUGCCAUGGGAACAGCACCGCUCGGCCUUCCAGGCUGGGAGGGCUGGAGGGCAGCCAGUGUUCAUUUGCUGUCAAAAAUAAAUAGGUUUUGUUUUUUUUUUUUUUGUCAUCAUCAUGAUCAGAGCAUUUCUUUCAUCCUUUUUCCAAAUUUUGGCCUCCUGUGAAAAAUGGAUGUGAUUUGUGCUAACAAACUUGUAAUUAUG